CUGAUUUAAAGUGUCGCAGGCAGGGCUGGUCUGUGGUGGAGGCUUUCCAGUUAUCAAAUUAGAGUCGGUGAGCUGGGAUAGGCUGGGAGUUUGGUUCAGAGAAGUUCGGACAUAGCCUACUGCGGAACGGGGCAAGAAGAGUAGCGACUGAAUGUGGUACAGGAAAUCUGACGUGGACCAUCUACGAGAAAAAAUCGCAUUUGUUGCAUCCAGCAAUCAAGGAUCUCACCCGCGUGAAUGACAAAGGUUGGGUGGGUAAACUUUGUCAUUCGGGUCUGAUCGUUCUAAAACCAGGUUGUUGUUUUUAGUGGAAGCGCUGAAAGAGAACAUCAUGCCAAGGCGGACCGUGCACGAAGUAACAGUUCAAGAUGUCCAGAAGAGGAGAAAUCCGAACAAACACUAUGUUUACAUCAUCAAAGUGUCCUGGUCUGAUGGCAGCACUGAGAUCAUCUUCAGGCGCUACAGCAAGUUCUUCGACCUGCAGAUGGAGCUUCUGGAUAAGUUCCCAGUGGAAGGAGGGCAGAAAGACCCCAAGCGCAGAAUCAUCCCUUUUCUACCAGGGAAGAUCCUGUUCAGGAGAAGCCAUAUCAGGGAUGUGGCCAUGAAGCGCCUGAGGCCUAUCAACGAGUACUGCAGGGCUCUGAUUCAGCUGCCCGUGUACAUAUCCCAGUGUGAGGAGGUUCGUGUGUUCUUCGAGACUCGUCCUGAAGACCUCAACCCACCUAAAGAGGAACCCAUUGGAAAGAAGAAGCCAGGGAUUGUGGAGAGAGCGACUACUUUCCUAAAGAGAGGAGACUCCACCUCAGCUGACCCUCUGCUCCUAGACCAGUAUGUGGCCGUCACUGACUAUGAGAAACAGGAGAGCUCUGAGAUCAGCCUGCACGUGGGACAGACGGUGGAGGUCAUCGAGAAGAAUGAGUCUGGUUGGUGGUUUGUUAGUUCAGACGAGGCCCAAGGCUGGGUCCCUGCCACCUGCCUGGAGGCUCAGGAUGACCCUGACGACUUCUCCCUGCCCGGCGAGGAAGAGGAGAAGUACACAGUGAUCUACCCUUACGCAGCGCGAGACCAAGACGAGAUCGACCUAGAAAGUGGCAUGACGGUGGAGGUCAUGCAGAAGAACCUUGAGGGCUGGUGGAAGAUCAGGUACCAGGGACAGGAGGGCUGGGCCCCGGCGUCCUACUUGAAGAAGGCCGACAUCCUGAGCCAGAAGCUGGUGGCAGGGGCAGCGGGCCACUCCAGCACUAACGACCUGGACGGAUUCUCCAAGCAGCAGAGUCAACAGAACCAAGCCAAGGAGAGCCGAGGAGACAACAAGGAUCAGAAAGACAAGGGCUUCUCCCCCUUUGCCAAGCAGCACAAACAAGGGGCUAGACAGAGACCACCUCCACGCAGGGAUCUCUCCAUCCCGAGGGGGCAGAACCUGCCAAAGCCACCCACCCCUCCCCAGGUGGAGGAGGAGUUCUAUACCAUCGCAGACUUCCAGACCACCAUCCCCGACGGCAUCAGCUUCCAGGCUGGGGUCAAAGUGGAGGUGAUAGAGAAGAACUCCAGUGGCUGGUGGUACAUUCAGAUUGAAGACAAAGAGGGCUGGGCCCCUAUCACCUUCAUCGACAAAUACAAGAAGACCAGCUUGACACCGCGCCCCAACUUCCUUGUACCUCUGCCCAACGACUUGGUCCAGCUGAAUCUGGAGGAUGGCACUGCUAGCGGUGCGGGGCAAGAGGACAGCUGGUCCAAACCGCUGCCAGAAGAACCCAUGGCGGGGAGCGAGUCCGUAGCCCGGCCCAAGCUCAGGGACUGGAAGUCCAGUGCCAGUAAGGCAGCAUCUGCUUUCUCCGGUCCCCUACCCCCAGCUCCGUCUGCCCCACUGGCUGAGGAGAAGCCAGCCCUGCCACCCCGCAGGGAGUCCAUCAACAAGAGCACGGACAUUGAGAUUACUGUGGAGAAACCCAGGCCAGACCUAUCCAAACCCUUGCCUCUGAAAACCCCUGCCCCGGGGGUCAUCAUGCCCCUGCUUACCCCCAAAGCUGCCCCCUUCAAGCCAGACAAGCCCCCCGAGCCCAAAAGAGAGGUCACAAACAAACCUCUGCAUUUGAAGAAUGAGAUGGGUCUGGAGUGUGGCCACAAGGUCUCCGCCAAGGAGGUGAAGAAGUUCAACCUGAAACCCGUGGCUAAGCAACCACCCAAGCCCAUGCCUGAUCCACCGGAGGAGAAACCAGAGACCAUCGGCCCUGCACUGUUCAUGAAGCCUAAACCCAUAGUCCGGCCCAAACCCGUCCCAGCUGCCAAGCCAGAACCGCCAGCUGAGAACAAGCUGGAUAUCACCAACCUGAGGAGCAAGCUGAAGCCUUCAAAGCCAACUGAACCAGGCUCUGGAUCAGCAGAGCCAAGCCAGCAAAACGGCGCUGCUCCCAACAACGGCCCUUGCAACGCUCUCCCCAAGAUGCUGCCGCCCAACCUCCCCCCUAAUAAUGAUUUACCCAAGAUGCCUCCUGGUAAUGUACCCCCCAAGAUGCCCCCUCCUAAUAAUGUUCUCCAAAACAUGCCGCGUCUCAACAGCCCCCCUCUCAAUGCACUCCCCAAGAUGCCCCCGGCCCCCAAUGGCAAGGCCAGCGACGAGCCCAAGUUACCCCCCAAGCAGCAAAACGGCCACGGACAAGUGAGCCAGGAUGUCCCCAAACCCGCUGCCCCCCCCCCAAAAGAACCUCCAGGGAGGCCAGCCGUCCUCCCUAGGCGACCCCCUCCACCCAAAAAGACCUCGGAGCCAUCCAGCCCCACAGAAACCAAAGCUCCCCUGAAAGAGCUCCCAGACACCAAGCCUGCUCCCCCCCAGCUCAGCAGACCACCUCCCCCUAAACCCAAGGCCUUCAUGCUGCCCCCGCCUAAAGACAAGGACAAGGGGGAGCCCAAGGCAAAAGUGCCCGUGGCCCCAAAGCCCCUGGUUAAGAUUGAGAAACCAGGCCCUCCGAGGGAUAAGCUGCCUCUUCUGAUCAAGGAUCCCAGUAAAGAGGAGCUGUUCUUGGCCGUGGCGGACUUUGAGGGCGACGAUCAGAUGGGUGGCUUCAAGGAGGGCACCGUGUUCGAGGUGAUGGAGCGGAACAGCAGCGGCUGGUGGUUUUGUAAAAAUCUAGGAGAAGGGCCAAUGAAAGAGGGCUGGAUCCCCUCCAAUUACCUGACCAAGAAACCCUAGGUACCAGGUUCCGUUGGCCUUUUUAAUAAAAAAAAUAUUACUUAUUGUAUUUAAUUAGCUUUUUAUUUAUAGGUACCUUUUUAAUUGAAAUAUUUUUGUUAAAUUCCAUUUGUUUAGCAAGAAUGAACCAGCAAUGGUUUUUUUGGGAUAUUGUUUAGUUCUUUUUAUCCUCGUUACAAAUUACUAAGCAUAAAAUCCGUAACAAGCAAAUGUUCCUCAUGUUGUUCACCUUUUGUGCCAUAUGUUACUCAACAAGCCUAUAAUGUAAUCUUAUGAUACAGUAAAUGUUAUCACAAGCUUUGUAAUAGAACAACAGAUGAAUGUCUUUCCAAGCCUUCUAUAAUAUUGUGCCUCAGUAUAGUGCUUUAAGCUUAAAUAUAUGCAAUUUAGCUAGUUAGUUUCUCAGUAUAUCAAAAGAUGCUUAAGUCUAAUGAGUGGAGUCAUAACUGACAGUGCAAUGCAUUUGGAAAAUAAAUCAGACCAUACACCAGAGGAACCAGGGUCCAUAUUCACAAAGCAUCUCAGACGAGGAGUGCUGAUUUAAGAUCAGUUUUGCCUUUUAGAUCAUAAAUGAAUAAGAUUACAUGGAUAGGGGGUACCUGAUUCUAGAUCAACACUCCUACUCUGAGAUGCUUUGUGAAUACUGGCUGAGAUGAUUCACAAGACAAACAGCCAAAACCAGCCCAAGGCAGAAGGCCAUAGAUACUCAAGAUUCCUCAAAGAACACCCCUCCACUAAGGCUGCAAUGGAGGUUACAAUAGGAGUUCAAGAGGACAUUUUGGCUUUCAAGUACUAAAAUAUUAACACUUCAAGCAAAGUUUUUGACAAGUGCUAAUACUAAACAUUUAGACAGAUCUUUUCAGGUUUGUGAAUGUGUUUACUUUUCUUUCAGAACUGCAUAAUACUGUUGCGGCUGAUUUGUGACAUGUGCACUUUUCAGAUUAUUCAGCCUGUUCAGACAGGUCAGGUUUGCAAUCUGGAUUACCAAACUGGGGGAGCGAGCCUGUCUUUCAACUCACUCUUGAACGUUGUAAUAGAAUGCACAAGGUGCAAUUUUUAAAUUAGGCAGUGCAUCAUCAGUUUUCCUCGUCAGUCAUUGCAUACCUUAGAGGCAUUUAUAACUUCUCAGAAAUGUCCAGUGAAAAAGCUUGGGAACCCCUGGCUUAAUAGACCGAUGUAGAGGAAGUACAGAAUAUACAAUUGAAAGCCAUAGCCAUGUUUUAAACACUCAAAUAAGGUUGCUGCAAGACUUUGGGAGCUGCAUUGUAUACCAGGGUUGGAGUCCAACUCUUUCAGGAUGGACUGAAUUGACUUCAUUGAAAUGAAAUGGACCCUUUCCCUGGUGUACACGGUACAAUAGGUGGAAAACAUCCUAUUGAUUUCAUAAACUGUAGGUCUACCAUUAUCAAUACAGCCCCUAAAUGAGAGAGAAUUGACCUGUGAUUUGUGCAAUAAUAAUAAUAAUAAAUACAGCGUUAUUGGAUCUCAUAAAAAGGUGCUCAAAUAUAAAGUACAUAAAGUGUGAUAAUUAUAAAAAACAUUUACAUUAGUGUUUGACUGGUUUCAAGCACAGACUUAGCAAGAGUUAUUUUUAUUGUACUUCCAGAAUGAAGUAAUGUCAGCUGUCACUUUGUGUGUUUACUUUUCACCUCUUGCCAGGCCUGGUUUGCCGUAGUUGGAACUUAAUGAUGCAUUGUUCCUACAGUCGAAGAAACAUGCGUUUCCCAAAACACCACGCAGCGAGAACUUUCAGCAAGUGCGUCGUUGGAGCAUGUGUCGAUACUAUUAGGUUCGAAACAAAGAUGGCGGAUCCUAGAGAAGCGCUUUCUCCAUUCGAAUUUGACCUUUAAUAUAAUGUCACAAUACUGGACGAUGGAUCAGCUCCUAGAGAUAUUGCCUAUGGCUGCCAAGAUCGAGGUGGCUUAUUAUUAUGGUUACCCGUUAAUGCAUUACAUCACAGAUUUGGAACAUCAUUACAUAUAUAGAGGGAAAUAGCCUACAAUUAGAUUAACAUGAAAUUGUUUGAAAUACAUAAGCAAAUGUAGUGUAGUCAUCUUGGUUUUCAUUUGAAGCAUAUUUUGUUACAAUUGCAAAGACAUUGCCCACUUUGUAGCCUAUUUAAAAUUAUUGGUGGUCACAGAGAGAUGGAUAAAAAUCCAUUGAUUGUAUGUUUAGCGGAGGUCUUCUGUGUAUAAAGUGACGUGGAAGGACAAAAGAAGCAUGUAACGAUGCACUUGGCUUUUCAAGUGGUGUGAGGCAGUCGGUAAAUAGGCCUUACAAAGCAUUUAAGUGUGACUAGUAACAAUGGCUACUACGAAGCUGGGCCAUGGUCAUGGAGAAAGAGGGUUGGUCUCCUAGGAGACACACUGACAAGGCUGGGAGUGCCUGUAGCUCAGGUUAAUUGGAGAAUCUCAGAAUAUGGUUGAUCUGAUUCUGCUCCUAGUUGCUCUGAUAUUAUGUUUUUCCCGUCCCCUUCAAAUCUCCUCAUGUUAAAGUACUAGGUCCAAUGCUGUGUCAGGUCCCUAACCAGCAUUGAAAUCAUAAAUAACUUGGAGUUUUCCAUCUUUGGCAGUGUACAUAGUACACAUAAGUAAUGAUAUUCAUGUCAGAUUUGUAAUGAUCAACACUAGUGUCAACUGAUGGAGUAAGACCUGACGGUUAGUGGAAUGUGAGUGAAACCUAGAUUGGGUUAGGGUAUGGGUUGGAAAGACAUGCAUUCAACAGUUUGGUUACUGAAGCAUACAGGGAUGUGAACACUACAAUAAAAAACAGUAUGGAUUGUGUUAUUGCUUUAAGUAAUGCUUUACCCUAAACUGGUCAAUUUAAUUUGAAAAUGAAUUUAUAAAAGAAACUGCUCGUUCUUUAUUUGAGAUAUGUCAGCGGGAAAGGUGUUUAUGCUGCAUAUUGCGCAUAUCCCAUCUUAGUCCUGUAAUGUAUUCGUUAUACUUGUCUAUUUCCCCCCCUCAAGGUUCUCUUUCAUAUUAAGUCAAUAAAAUUUUUUUUUUAAAUGUUA